AAUAGCGUUGACGGUGUACUUGUGCAUAGUGCUUCCUCUCUUCGCUCUCUCGUUUCCAUGCUGUGUUUCUAUCGCGCUGAGUUGUCUCCUCCACUGCAGUUUCUAAUGUAUAAUGCAACCUGGAACUGCCACGUUGCCAUGAACACUUGUACAGAUGUGCAUGUGCUUCAAGUGCUUGUACAUGAUCGCUGAACUGCUGCACUUCUUACGCUUUUGAACGUGUUGCGAAUGAUUUUCUGGCUAUGUCAGCAACACGUACACAGUCCGAUGAUCAUCGCUAGGACAACCCAGACUACCCACCAGACUGCCAGAGGCAGAGGUAUAGUAGAGGCGUGCCCGAUCCAACCAGCACGACAUGACAGUCUUCCCACCUAUGAUUGGAAAAGCAAUAAUAUUACUUGACGCAGUAAAGAUACGAGGCUCAGAAACUUUUAUUUACUGGUCGUCAUAGUUUGGGAAUAAUUUCGUCCUCUGACUGGGAAGUACGGAUUGCAACACGAUGAUGAAGGUUUCAGUCAUCUUGUUGUUGAGUGUCGCUCACGUGGCCUUGGCUGGCAUUCACAAUGUGAUGCUGUGGCAGUGUGAUGAUACAGCAGCCAGCCAGGGAUGGGAGGACAACACAUGCUUGACUCACAAUCAAAAAUGUGUUCACUUGCGCCAGGACGGAGGCAUGUUCCUCCUAGAGGGACCAUCCUCUUACCAGUUGACGCACAAGGCUGACUCCCAGCAAAUCUCCGAUCCAUCUAACAAGUACUGCUUGCAGGCACCAAGCGCCGACGGUGUUCUCUCACUAACGGUGGAAGAAUGCAAUGGCAAGAAAGAGCAACAGUGGGUUAGAAGUGGUCGGAAUGUACAGCCUUCUACCUUGCCUGGUCUUUGCUUGGAUGCCACUCAGACACCAUGCGACAAUGCACCAUUCAAUACCUACAAAUACUGCAAUGACUCCCUUGAUCUUGUUGAACGUGUGACAGACCUGAUGGAGCGCAUGCAAGUAGCUGAGAAGAUUAGUCAGCUGGGAACAGGAGCUAAGUCCAUUGAUCGUCUUCAAAUCCCAGCAUACCAGUGGUGGUCUGAGGGAUUGCAUGGAGUUGCUAGAUCACCCGGUGUUUCCUUUAGCAAUCCGACACCGUAUGCCACCUCAUUCCCACAAGUCAUCAACCUCGGAGCAACAUUCAAUAAGACCAUGGUUAAGGUGAUGGGUGGUGUGAUUUCUACUGAAGCAAGAGCCUUCGCUAAUGUUGGCCAUGCUGGACUGACCUAUUUUGCACCCAACAUUAACAUCUACCGUGAUCCACGCUGGGGCAGAGGCCAAGAGACACCGGGUGAAGAUCCCUUCUUGACGUCCGAGUACGCCAAGAACUUUGUCAAUGGCAUGCAGUUUGGAUAUGACACUCGGUAUUUCAAGGUUGUUGCGACUUGCAAGCACUAUGCUGCUUAUGAUCUUGAGAACUGGAAUCAUGUUGAUCGCUUCCACUUCAAUGCUAACGUCAGUGACCAAGACUUUGUCGAGUCCUAUUUCCCCGCGUUCCAAGCAUGCUCACCACUUGCUGGAAGCAUCAUGUGUAGCUACAAUGCAGUCAACGGUGUACCGAGCUGUGCAAACAACUUCAUCAUGAACGAGAUGGCGCGUGGCCAGUUUGGCUUCCGUGGCUACAUGGUUAGUGACUGUGGAGCAAUCCAGAGAAUAAUGUCAGCACACCAGUACACAAAGACACCUGAGGAUACGGUCGCUGCAGGACUCCAUGGUGGUUGUGAUCUUGACUGUGGUGGAUUCUACCCAGGCAAUACUCAGACUGCAUUGGACAAGAAGACCAUCACUGAAGGCGAUCUGGACUAUGCUGUGGGACGUUUGUUUGGUUUCCGUAUGAUUCUGGGUAUGUUUGAUCCAGUAGCUGAACAGCCCUAUGAACAUAUCGGUGUAGAGCAGGUCAACACUGCAGAACACCAGGCGCUUGCACUGGAGGCUGCACGCGAAUCCAUGGUUCUAUUGAAGAACACUGAAGGUGUGUUGCCGAUGAAGGCAGCGACGACCACCACUGUUGCAGUGAUUGGACCCAACUCAGCCGCUACUGGCACUAUGCAAGGCAAUUACCAUGGAACUGCACCAUACUUGGUCAGUCCGCAGGAGGGUUUGCAGAAGGCUGGUGUUCAGGUGACACAGGUGCAGGGAUGUGAUGUCAAGUGUACCGACACAUCCAAGUUUGAAGACGCCACGAAGGCAGCGGCUGCCAGUGACUUUGUCGUGCUUGUCGUUGGUUUGGAUCAAGGACAGGAGAGUGAAGGACAUGACCGUACCAACAUCAGCUUGCCCGGUAAUCAGAACACAUUGGUGGCAGCUGUAGCUGCAGCAGCCAAGGGACCUGUUGUGUUGGUAGUUAUGACCGGCGGACCAGUGGACCUGACAUAUGCUAAAGCCAAUAGCAAAAUCCCAGCUAUCAUCUGGUGUGGCUACCCCGGCCAGUCUGGCGGUCAAGCCAUUGCUGAUGUCAUUUUCGGAGUUUACAACCCCGGUGGACGCUUGCCAUACACUAUUUACCCAGAUGCCUACGUCAAUCAGAUCUCUAUGUUUGACAUGAGCUUCCGUUCCUCUCCGGGUCGCACGUACAAGUUCUUCACUGGCGAGGCAGCCUACGGCUUUGGCGAUGGUCUCAGCUACACCACGUUCUCCUAUGAGUGGACUGAGACACUCGGUGCAUCGUCGCUGAGUACUGAUGAACUGAAGGAUGGCGUCCACUAUCGUGUGACGGUCACCAACACCGGCAAAAUCCUUGGUGAUGACUCUGUCCUGGCUUACAUUACAUCAUCGGUCCCAGGGGCACCGAUGAAGCAGUUGUUUGGUUUUGAGCGUGUUAAGCUGGAGCCAGGCAAGUCUGCGUCGCUGUUCUUUGCCGCCCCAGCGGAGACAUUCACCGCUGUCAACGGCAAGGGCGAGCGUCACAUUCACCCAGCCACCUACACCAUUUCAAUUGGCUCUCUGCGCCACACCAUCACCACCCACGGAGAUGCUGUUCACGUUCCCAUGGAGGCUAAAGAGCCGCAUCCAUUGCUGAAGAAUUUCCACUAAAUUUCACUUUGGUUGAUGUUUCAAUCCGUAGUUUUAUUACUAGUAGUAGCUUCUCUUUUCAAAAUUUCUUCUCAUUCUUCAUAGGGUGUCCUGUUUUUCCUUCUUCUUUUUGUUGUAGAUGACCUCCAAGAUCUGUAGUUGUACCGUGUGGGAAGAUAAUAUAGAGAUGUCAAUCUUGUGUUAUUUGAAAUUUUUAUUCUACGUUCCAGUA